AUGCAACAGCUGGUAGAAAAGGUCCAGGAGUAUAAACAACCGCUCUACAUCGCCUUCAUUGACUUUACCAAAGCCUUCGACUCAAUAGAGCACUGUUACCUAUGGCAAGCCUUAGAGAGAGAUGGUUGCUCGACCUCUAUAAGUCUGGAGAAUGAUAUCCUAGAAACAGUAGAUAGUUUUACGUAUUUAGGAAAAACGAUAUCGUUCAAGAGCUCUACCCAAGGCGACGAACUAAAUAAAAGAAUUUCGAAUGCGUGGAAAAGGUGGACGCGGGAGAGCACAGUCUGGUGUCCACGCUACAUAGCGCGGCGCCGUGGCAGGCCCCGCACGCGGUGGCGCGCAGAGCUGGAGGAGUUCGACGGCCUUGGAGUGCUCUGGACGCGCCUGGUAGCUGACAGAGAUUACUGGAAGAAAAGGGGGGAGGCCUUUGCCCGCAUUUGGGAUGACCUCUGA